CAAAAGUAUGUAGACUGUUCAGAAGGUCGUCUAUAGUUUUCAUUAGAGGCACCCCUCUCUUUUCAGCGGAUGGUAUUCACAUGAACAGACCAUGACAAUGUUCUAUCCACUCUUGGCGCCAAUCAUACACCAUCAGUAUAAAGUAUUGACUCUGAACCGGGCUGGCUGGAUUGAUCCCAAAAUAUCGAUACUAUCGUCUCGUUUUUGAAGAUCGAUACCAGUUUCAGUCUCUCUCUUCUCCGUUGGCCUCAUUUCAGAGCAGAAGUGUCUGUGCAGCCCAUGUUCUGUUGUCAUGUCGCGCGCACUCAAACAUGAACCAGUGCACCUGACCGCCUCCACCUGGUGGAGCGCACAGUCCUGACCGCAGUGGCCCAGGUUUGAAUCCAGCCCGUGCCACUGCCAUCCCCUCUUUCCUGUCUCUCUCUUACUGUCAGAAGAUUUAGCCUAUUGAUGAUGCAUUUACCUCAUAAAUCACGACACUGCUCUCCCCUACAUGAAAAUACACAAGCCGCCUUUAAUGAUGAGAAGUAUUGAUAUCGAUAUUGGCAAGUCUGGCCUUGUAUUAUUCGGUAUCGGAUCGAGAAGAGAUUUUGUGUAUCGCCCACCUCUAACUCUCAUGUAAGUAUACUUUCUGUUACUUGUCUAAGGCGUUGUAGUGGUCCACGUCGCUAUAGUAUUGUGUGCUGUCACAGUCACGUGAUGGAGCUUGAAUCCCUGUAACAUCUGAGAGCCAUUGACAGCCUUAUCAGGUUGAUAAACUAUUCUUUACUGCCUUUUUCGCACAUGACGGUGUCAUUACUGUUAAUUAGUCAUGUAUCAGUGUCAGAGUGUUAAUUGUGAUGAUUGUAAUAAUAUGUGUGUUGUGUUCGGAGGAGGGACUUCAUCGUUUAGAGAAGUGAGAAGUUUCUUAUUUACCAGUGAAGAAGGAAGAGAGGCAGCGGUAAACGCUCAGAGCCUCAACAUGAAAGUCUGUCUCACUUUGAUCUGCUGCUUCUUCCUCUAUCUGCAGGAUGGAAGCACUACUCUUGUCUACUCAGGCACUGAAGGAGGAGACAUCACAGUUCAAUGCUCCUUUACUUUAUCUCGUGAAACGAAGGUCUUCUGUAAGAACAAAUGUAAAGAAGAAGACAUUCUCAUUGAAACAACUAAUAACAGAGCUCGGAGCGGCAGAUACAGCAUGGAAUAUAAAGAAGGAUUUUUGAAUGGAAAUGUGUUUGUGACCAUCAAACAGCUGACCAAGUCUGACUCAGGACGAUACAGGUGUCGUCUGGGCACAUCUCUCUCUUCAUACAAGGAUUUAGAAAUCAUCGUCACAGACGCACUGCUGGAUGGAAACCAUGUAAAACAGCUCUAUAAAAGAACUGGAGGAUCUGUCACAGUGCAAUGCUCCUUUACUUCCACUGGAACAUGGAAGUUCUUCUGUAAGAACCAAUGUAGAACACGAAACAACAUUCUUAUUGAAACAGAUGCUGCCACACUUCAGAGCGGCAGAUACAGCAUCAGAUAUUUAACAGGAUCUGAAGGAGGAGGAGGAUUUCUCUUUGUGACCAUCACACAGCUGACCACGUCUGACUCAGGACAGUACAGCUGUGCUCAGGACAGAACCUCUUCUUCAUCUUCACACAGGAACUUUGAGAUCUUUGUUUCAGACGCAUCAGUGCCAUCAACCUCCGCAACAACACCAACACCAACACCAACACCAACACCAACAACAACACCGACACCGACACCGACACCGACACCAACAUCUUCAUCAGUUUCCCCUGAAGUCAACAACCCGUCUGAGACAACAACAACUGAAGGUGUGAUGCUGUAUGUGGGCCUGACUCUGUCCGUCAUGGUCGUCCUGUUAUCAGUGGCUGCGCUGAUAUUCUGCAGAAAGAGGAAAUCUAAACCCGAGGGUGCAGUAACAGGAAACGUUCACACACACACUGAACUACCUGUGGAAUAUGCUUCUGUCACAGAGGGCAACCGAGUGCAUGAGGAUAUCGCAGAGGAGGGAAUCUCUUCAGCUUACGCUUACGCCAAGUAUACCAAACCAAAUGGAGUUGAAACCAGUGAUGACUACAGCUUUGUCUCUACUCCCAGUUCUAAGCACAAAACUGAAGAUGACUCGAGUAAACUCACCUACUCUAAGGUGUAUUUCUCCAACAGGACCAGUGGCUCGCCCACUAGCGUUCCCCGUGGCAACACCGAGGAUGUCAUCUACUCUGUGCCUCGGGUAGAAGCGAGCUCUGAUGGCGGCCUCACCAGCGAUGAUUCGUCUCUGUACUCUAAUGUUACCAGACAUCAGUAAUAACAUCAACGCUGCCGCUGCAGCAGCAUUAACUCCUUCAUUGGCGAACAGGACUCCGGUUUAAAUGAACAACUGUGAAAUGUGUUCACACAAAAGUCUGUUCAUGUGACAUUUUCAUGUGACAUCCUGUAAAAAGUUACAGUUCUGCCUGGGAACUUAACCCUCGAUGAGCUGCCUCAACAAUGUGCUACUUUCAGCUGUUUUUACUAUCAGUGCUUUUGCUAAUCUUAUAAUGCGUCUGCACUGGCAACAGCUCUGUGGUCCAUCCUAUUCUCAUGAACGAAUAUCUCAUCAACACCUUGAGGGAAUUUGUUAAAAUUCGGUACAAACAUUCACUUGGACUCAAGGAUGAGCGGAUUAGAUUUGAUGGUCAAAGGUCACUGUGACCUUACAAACCUUGUUUUUGGCCAUAAUUCAAGAAUUCAUAUGUUAAUUAUGACAAAAUUAAAUUAAAGUCUUCAGUACAUAAGUACUGGAGUCUGCAUAGGGAAGGAUGUAAACUGGACUGUUUGGCAGAGGCAUACAAAUGCAAGGCAGUAAUUCUAGUUUUAAGUUAAUUUUAUUACAGUUAUUAAAGUAUUAUUAUCACAAUAAGUUAUUUUGGUUAAGGUUAAAAAAAAAAAUUUAUGUUUAAGGUAACUAAAGGGGUUAUAGGAGUUUACAUGUGUUGUGUGGUCUUGGGGAAGGCUUAUGACUGUGUCUCUCGGGGGGUCCUGUGGAGAAUUGUAUUCUCAGAACCAUGUUUCAGGUUGGUGUUGGGCUCCAUCAGGGUUGUUUUGUCUCUAGUGAAUUUCAUGAACAAGAUCUCAAGGCGCAGCUGAGGGCAGGAGAGUGUUCGGAUUGGGAACCUCAGGAUCAGUUCUCUGCUUUUCACAGAUGACGAGGUUCUGGUGGCUUCAUCAGACCGUGACCUUCAGCGUGCGCUGGGCGGCUUGCAGCUGAGUCCAAAGCAGCUUGGAUGAGAGACGGUCCCAACUGAGGCCAUGGUUCUCUGCCAGCAAAUGGUGGAUUGCUUCUUUUGGAUUGGGAAUAAGUUGCUGUCUCAAGUGAAGUAGGUUAAGUUAAGAGUAUCUAAAACUGACCACGUAGUAAGGUCUUUUUCACUGGUGAGGAUAAAAUGGAGCAUGAGACUGACAAGUGGAUGGUGCAGCGUCAGCAGUAGACAACAGACAAAGCUUUAGCUCAUGCUUUUCCUCGGGUCAUGAGCUUUGGGUAGUGACUGAAGUUGCUGGAAUGAGUUCCCUCCAUAAGGUGGCUCGGCUUUACAGACAGGGUAAGGAGGUCAGAGAGGAGGGGUUAAGCUAGAGUUGGGUUAGAGCUGCUGUGUCUUUGUGUAGAUUUUCCAUCCAGCUGGAGAUUAUAUAUCUCAUCUCAAUCUGUAGAAAUAUGAUCUGUCGGGCCAUUUUCAUAAUCUGCUGAAACAAACAACCUAAUAAUACAUGCAACAAACCUGUAGAAAUAAAAUCCUGCCUAUUACAAUGUAUGUAUAGCCACAUUAAUGUUCAUAUAUUCCAAACCAUAAGUAUUUUUAACAGUUACACAGUUUUUGUUCUUCAGUCUCAUGCAUUCAAUUUGAAAUAAAAUAAUGGAUAUUGCAUUAAAGUUUCUCCUACACAAAGUUUCUCCUACACAUUGCAGUCCUUACACAGUAAGAAUAAGGUCUAUGGGAUAUAAUGUGAGUGACUGUUCUUCCUUUUUUACUCUUUAAUUAAACAAGACGGACUGAGUACCCUG